AUGCCUUGUUGGUUUUCUUGUGCAGCUAAAGACACACUGAACACAGACUGGAACAAAUAUGAUGACAGGUUGAUGAAAGCAGCUGAGCGGGGCGAUGUGGAGAAGGUUUCAGCAAUCCUUGCCAAAAAAGGGGUCAGUCCUACCAAACUAGAUGUGGAAGGGAGAUCUGCAUUCCAUGUUGUAGCAUCAAAGGGAAGCCUGGACUGCUUGAACACCAUCCUCAUUCAUGGAGCUGAUAUCACAGCCACUGAUGCUGCAGGCAGAAACGCACUGCACCUGGCUGCAAAGUAUGGACAUGCUCUCUGUUUGCAGAAGCUGUUGCAGUUCAACUGUCCAACAGAGAAUGUGGAUCUUCAAGGGAGAACUGCUCUCCAUGAUGCAGCCAUGUCAGACUGUUCCUCCAGCAUUCAGCUGCUGUGUGAUCAUGGGGCCUCAGUGAAUUCCAAAGAUGGGGAUGGGAGGACACCCCUGGUGCUGGCCACUCAGAUGUGUCGUCCUGCGGUCUGUCAGCUUCUGAUAGACAGGGGAGCAGAUGUGAAUGCCAGGGACAAACAAAACAGGACUGCCCUGAUGCUGGGCUGUGAAUAUGGCUGCAGGGAUGCUGUGGAGGUGCUGCUCAGAAAUGGUGCAGAUGUUAGUUUGACUGAUGGCCUUGGUCAUGACUGUGCCUACUAUGCCAGAAUCGCUGACAAUAUUGACAUUUUGGCUUUAAUAAAAGCUGCCCUUGAGGAUUCCAGCAAAGCAAGAGAUACCCUGAAAAAAGGGCAGCUUGAACAAAAGGUCCCUCAUCUGUCCCAGAAGCGGAACUGGCUGCGGGCGCAGGAGGGGAGCGCGGGGCUGAGCGAGGGGGGCCCGGCUGCCCAGGACUUGGAGUUGGAAAAUCAAGAUUUGAGAGACAGGAUGAGAGAAGUGCAAGAGGAGCAGAGGAUGCUGCUGGAUAGAAUCAGUGGGCUCCAGCUGCAGCUGAAUGAGGAGCAAAUGUUUGCAGAAGAUCUUGAACACGAGAAAGAUGAGCUGAAGAAAAUCCUAACCACCAAGGAAAAACAGCAGGAAGAAAGCUUAAGGACUAUUGAAGCUCUCAAAGCUAAACUCAAAUACUAUGAAGCUGACUUUGUGGGAUCUGGAAGUAACUUUGGUAACAGAAAAGAAGAUUUAUUACUUAAACAAAGCCAAGCGUUUGCUGUGGAAUCACAGUCCAGGUCUAUGCUGAGACCCCUGGAGCUCUCCCUGCCUAACCAAUCAUCCACUUCAGAGAAGGAAACUUUAAAGAGAGAACUUGACAGCAUGAGGACCUGCUAUGGUGCAGCAAAAGAAGAAAUCAGCAAACUGCAGAGGGAACUGUCUCAUAAGGCCUCUGAAUGCAAAGCUUUGGCAGCAGAGUGUGACAGAACCAAGGCAGAAUCUGAUGGGCAGAUAAAACAACUGGAAGAUGCUUUAAAAGAUGUACAGAAAAGAAUGUUUGACUCUGAAGGCAAAGUCAAGCAAAUGCAGACCCACUUUCUUGCUCUGAAGGAUCACCUGGCUAAUGAAGCUGCUUCAGGAAACAGUAAGCUGACAGAGGAGCUGAGGGAUCAGCUGAAGGAGAUGAAAACAAAGUAUGAAGGAGCCUCUGCUGAAGUGGGAAAGCUAAGGAACCAGAUUAAGCAGAAUGAAUUGCUGGUGGCAGAGUUUAAGCGAGAUGAAGGAAGGCUGGUGGAGGAGAACAAAAGGUUGCAGAAGGAACUUGUGAAGUCGGAGAUGGAGCGAGAUAAAAGGGGGAGAAACGUGGUGGAGUUAGAAGGGCAGCUGGAAGAAACAGCAGCAAAGUUGGCCCACUCUGUGCCUUCAGAGCAGUUUGAAAACAUGAAGAGUUUGUUAUCAAACCAAGUGAGUGAGAAAGCAAAGAAGUUAGCAGAGAUGGAAGGAGAGCAUGAGAAACUGCAGGCAGAGAUCCUGCUUUUAAAGAGGGAAUCUGAGAGUCAGAAAGCUAAACUUGCUCAGCAUGUGAAGCCAGAAGACCAUGAACGGAUGAGGAGUGGGUUUGAGCAAAAAAGUGAGGAACUUGGGAAGACUGUUUCUGAACUGUCACAGAAGAAUCAGACUCUGCAGAAAGAACUUGAAAGAUUGCAGGUUGAUAACAAGAUGCUUAAGCAGCAAGCCCAAGUGCUAAAAACUGAAAUUAAAAGCCAGAAUGUGCCUUUAAAAAUUCAUGAAGAAUUAAAGAAAACAAAUGAUCUGACUGUUAAUAACCUGACCAAAAAGCUUUUUGAAAUAACAAAGAAGUACAAUGAAAGCAAAGCAGAAGCUGAAAAGCUGCUGGUGGAGAAAGACAGCUUAAGUGAGAGUAUCAGCCACUUCCAAGCUGUGUACCUGACUCCAGAGCAGCACAAAAAAGAAGUGGAGGCUUUAAAAUCUAAUGGCAUUGAACUUGAAAAGCAGCUUAUUGAGCUUCAGAAAAAAUAUGAUGACGAACAAGCAAAAGUGUGCAAGCUAGUUUCUGAAAAUGCAGCCAUAAGAGAGACUCUCAGGGAUCAGUAUGUGUUGGCUACAACCCAUGAGGAGGUUAAAACAGUCUUGAAUAACACACUGGAACAGACCACCAGGGAACUGUCAGAGCUGAAGGAAAAAACUGAAGCCAUAAAGCAAGAAUUCAUGAGGGUAAAUGAAGAAAACGGAACUUUGAAAAAUAAGGUGAAAGUCUUACAGGAUCAGUUACAAACUGAGUGUAUAAGCUUAAAAGAUCAUGAAACUACAGUGACUGCUUUAAAGAAAAGCAUGCAAGAGCUCCAGGAGAGCAAUGUUGGGGUUAUGGAGGAAUACAAGAGGGGUCAAGAAGAAAUUGUCCAGUUGCACGUGGAAAUAGAAGCUCAAAAGAGGGAGCUGGACACAAUUCAGGAGUGCAUCAAGUCCAAAUAUGCCCCAGUUGCCUCCUUUGCAGACAGAGAACAAAGCUUUGAAGCCACAGUAAAGGGGCUGGAAGCCCAGUUGCAGGAGCAGAUGCAGAAGUGCAGAGUGAGCGAGGAGGAAAACAAGAAGUGCAAAGAGGAGAAUGAGAAGCUCAGGAGUGGAGUUCUGUCCAUCCAGAGUGACUUGCAGCAGAACUAUGUCCUCGCUGAGAAGUCCCGUGAGGUGGAGAAAAUGUUCACAAGCAAAAUGGGGGAGCUGAAUAAGCAGCUGAGAGAAUUGCUGCAGAAAUACAGGGGUGCAAAAGGAGAGAAGGAGGAGCUGCAGGAGAGCAUGGAGCAGGCUCAGCAUCCCUCAGGGGAGCAGCUGGAAGCCCUGAAGGAGGCUCUUGGUCACACGGUGCAGGAGCUGAAGGAAGCGCUCAGGAGUGCGAAGGAACGCUAUGAUAAAGAAACACUAAAAGUAGGAGAACUACAGCAGGAACUGUCAGAUCUAAAAAAGUCUUCAGUACCUUUGGUAGAAUACAGGCAAAUGAAGGAGGUGCUGGAAGGAGAAAUUGCAGCAACCAAAACCAGCUUGAAAGAAAAGGAAGAAGAAAACCGGGUUAAAAGUGAGGAGGUCGCGAAGCUGCGGUCUGAGGUCCAGCUUGCCCAGCAAGCUGUGGCUGACCUGGAGAGCAAAGACGUGGUUGACAUGUCAGAAUACAGAUCCAUGAAGACUGCUCUGGAGGCUCAGAUGAGCUGUGUAGCUGAGAACUUGUCUGAGAUGCAGAGGAAGUACGAGGCAGCCUGCGAGGAGGCCGUGCAGGCCAGGAGGAGUGAGCUUUCCUUGAAGGAUGAGAAGGAGCUGCUUCAGCUAAGGAGCUGCAGCAUUGAGCAAGAAAUUAAAGACCAGAAAGAAAGGUGUGAUAAAUCCUUGACAACAAUUAUUGAAUUGCAGAAGAGAAUACAGGAAUCUGCAAAGCAGGUGGAAGCCAAGGAUAACAAGAUCACAGAGCUGCUGAACGACGUGGAGCGGUUAAAACAAGCCCUUAAUGGCCUGUCCCAGCUCACCUACACCUCUGGGGUCCCCUCCAAGAGGCAGAGCCAGCAGGUGGAAAUGCUCCAGAACCAAGUGAAAACCCUGCAGCAGCAGCUGGCUGAUGCUAAGAGGCAGCAUCAAGAGGUGGUUUCAGUCUAUCGGACACAUCUUCUCAGUGCUGUACAGGGUCACAUGGAUGAAGAUGUCCAAGCUGCUUUGCUGCAGAUCAUUCGGAUGAGACAGGGGCUUGUUUGCUGACCUGCUUAGUGCCAUUGCUCUUGAAGGCUGCUGCACUUUGUAGGAGGGCUGUGCUUACACCAGUGAGACCCUGCAUGAGAUGUAU